AUGUUUGACUCGUCAUCUUCAUCCGUCAUCGAAAAUUCAUUAUCCGAUGAACGUGAUAAUUUAUCAAAACGAAAAAAUAUAUUAAAAAAACAACAACAGCAAAAUUAUACAGUAUCGAAUCGAUAUCAUCGAUUAAAACCAACUGAAAAUUUAACUACUACAACAAUUAAUCCAGUAAAAGUUAAUAUUACUGAAGAUGAAGCUAUAGAUUCUAUGUGGUCAUCUUCUUCAGAUGAUGAUAAUCAUUUAUUAAAAACUUCAACUAUUACUGAACAAUAUUCCAAUUCAUCAUCAUCUUCUGAUUCAUCUUUUGAUCUAUGUUCAAACAGUAAUGAUUCUGAUUUAAAAACACGUUCUUUAUCAUCUGGUUAUGAAUCAUCAUUAAAUUCUAUUCCGGAUCAUUUAUUUUCAUCAUCACCAGAUUCGAUAAGAAUACCGGAUUGUAAUCUUGUUGAACAAUUUGUUAAUUUACAAUUACAAAAACAAUCAUCAUUUGAUCAAGAUAUAGCUUCUUCAUCAUUGAGUUCAACAUCAGGUUCAUUUCGUUCUCACGAAUCGAUUUUAAAUAUUCAUUCACCUUCAUAUUGUCGAAAAUGUAUUAGUAAUAAUCAAGUAUCGAGUGAUACAGAUGAUGAUUCACAAGCAACAACAAUAUCAACGAAUGUAUUACCAUUACAAGAACAACAAAAUAAACGACCAAGAAGUUUACCAAUAGCUAUUCAACAAUCAAAAGGUAUAAUAAAGGAUGAUGAUGAUGACGAUGAAACAGAUAAUAGUUCUCAAAAUUCUCCUCCUUCUUGUCAUUAUUCAAUAAAUCUUUCUCAAAAAACUCGUUUUCGUCCAUGUGAAUUAAAUACUGAUAUAUUUCCAGAAACUAAUUUAACUAUAGCAACAAUAGAUAAAUCAAGUAUUAAUGAAUCAACAACAAUUACUCAAAAAAAUUCAUUAGAACAUUUUAUAAUGAGUCCAACUGAUAAAGUUAAAAUACAAAUGAAAUAUCAAGAAAAUAAUCUAAAAAGUAAUGAAUUAAAAAUUUCUCAACCUGAAGAUAUUGAUUUUAAACGAUCAAAACUAAAAGCUAUUCGAGUACUUUAUCAAAAUCGAAUUAAACUUAACAGUAUUUCUUCUCCGGUGACACAACAAAACUUAACUAAACUUCCAUUGAAAACAAUAGGAUAUUGUGAUUCUCCUUUAGCUAAACGAACUGUUAAUCCACGGUUAUUUAGAAGUGCUUUAUCAUGUAGUGUAUUCGAAGCUGAUGAUGAACAUGAAGUUGUUUCAUCAUCAACUCGAUCCGGUGUUAGUGGAAAGCAUGAAAAGUUUCAAACUGAAAUAUUCAAUUGUUUACGAAUUAAUUUUAUAGAAUCAUUAUUACAUGGAAAAAUUCUUCCUUGUGGUAUACUCGAUGGUUUUACAAUUAAAUUAGGUGCAAGUGGACUUUUCAUGCCUAAACAAGUGGCUUUACCUGUUACAACAUUCUGGUUUAAUGUAUCUGAAUAUCAAGCAGCAUCGCCUUAUCUCGGUUAUAUAAAUUUACAAAGUUUACCAAAACGUGGCUAUCAUACGCCAACAAAAGGAACGAUAACUUUAGCUUUAUUAAAUCCAAAUGGAACAGCAGUUCAUUUAUUUUUAAUUGUAUAUGAUUUAAGUGAUAUGCCAGUUGAUCAUCGAACAUUUAUUCGUCAACGAAUUGUUAUGAUGCCAGACAAAACUCAUAGUAAUACAACAGAUAGACAAUCAUCAAAAGAAACUCUUAGAUAUUUAGCUCAUAUUAAUUUUGUAACAUCUCAAACAGGCAAACUCUAUAUGCAUUCGGAUAUACGAUUGAUAUUUGCACGUAAUAAACUUGAUUAUGAUGAACGAACUGGAAAUGGUAAACCUCAAUUAGUUACAUUAACAGAUGUACCGACACCAAAAUAUUGGCCACGUAAAUAA